AGUAUAUCACCCAUCUUUUAUUAUUGGUGGUUAGUGGUCCAUAUAGAUUGAGCGUUGUUGCAAACCACGGGCCGUCCGUUACCGAUUUUCGAUCUCGAAAACACGUGAAGAGUUUCCGUCCGGACUCGGUAAAUAAAACCGCCUCGGAAGCUCUGGAAAAAAUUAAACAAGGUCCGGAGUGGCAUCAAGCUAUCCUUUUAUACAAGGAGCGGAUAGAAAGGGGGAAAAAGCGAAACUAAUGCCGCUAGUUCUCGCAUAAUCAUGAUCCUUCUUGUUCCCCACGACCUCGACGAAUUGCUUUCCCUUUUCGAUACCUGCCAGCCGCAAUAUUGACCAACGACUGCUGUCACUUACGGAGGCACAAGACUUGACGCGCGCAACUAAGGCAAUACACCAAUCUGAUUUGUUCGCUCAGCUUGCCUAUCCUAGAUCUUUCGCACAAUGGUUUAUUGUGGAAAGGCUUCUCAGGGGUGCCAGAACUGUCGAACCCGACGUAUAAAGUGCGAUAAAAAACGGCCGGAAUGCUCACAGUGCAUUCGAGUCAGCAAGAAAUGCCCGGGAUAUAGAGAUCAGCUAUCUCUCAUGUUCCGCGAUGAGAGUAGCAAAGUCAUACAAAAGGCACACGCUCAAUGGGGUUCUUCGGGGUCGCCUACUGAACCUGGCGGGAGUUUUGCCUCAACUUCAGCCUCGGCCUCGGCAUGGACGGACGAGUGCUCAAGUAACAAUUCAGAUAGUCCGUCGGAGAAUAAACCUAUGCCACCAUCCGAGCUGGCCCCUGCAAAGAUACCUAACAAGGUAAAUUUAAAUAUGGAGCAACAAGGACUGCAGUUUUACAUCGAUCGGUAUUUGUUACACCAUCCGGACUCCCCAAGGACGAGCGAGCAAGUAGCAGAGUAUUUUUCGAGGUCAGAUGUCGCUCAGAACGUCAUGAUAGCCGUAGGUCUCGCAGGACUGUCUAACCUGUUAGGGAACAAAAAUAUGAACUUAGUUGCGCGCUCUAAAUACGUCGCGUCCCUUAAACAGACCGGCCAACUAAUUGCAAGCAAUGAUCCAGCAGGCCUCGUAGCUCGCCUUCGAAGUGUCGUGUCUCUCGCUUUAUUCGAGAUUGUUCAAGGUAGAGGAUCUAGAGUAGCAGUAGGGCUAGCCAGCACGCAUGUUAAUGGGGCAAUGGCUAUAUUACGAUCUGUAUUGCCUCUUCCGCAAGUCCCUACUGGUGGCGUAUAUGGUGUAUUGCAAUUGUUAUUUUCCAUGUUCAUCCCUUAUCAAGCGACAAGCACGCCUCUUCCACCUGGCUUUUUCGAAACUCUAAAAUUCUGUAAGCAGUUGAUGCAGGGAGUCACGGAAGGCUGUUUGAUCGAUUUAGCUACUGCUAUAGCUCGGCUUCUCCAACUGUCGGUGUUAUCUGAACAUACGGCGUAUACCGACGGGCGUCCAGCUGUGGACAACCUUAUACAACAAUUCAUUGAGUUGGAUAAUACAUUUGGUGACCUAGACAAGCGGCUACGAGAAAUUUUUCCCUUUAUAGAAAAUAUGGGGGAGUACCCUCCAGAAGCGGUCUUUCGCGGAAAGUGGCACAAGUAUAAUGCGAUAUGGGCUGCCAGGAUAUGGAAUCAUUAUCGUUGGGCUCACAUUCUUACUAACCAAAAGCUUUUCAAGUUUAUUAGUGUCUAUCCUAUAUCAAGCAGUCGAGUGUUACCAGCUCCUCAGAGAGUAAAAUGUUACACCACCAUUGAACGAUUAGCCGAGGAUAUUCUUAUAAGUGUGCCUUCGCACUGGCAUCACCCAAUGCUUGAUCCUGAAGUGACCCGAGAGUUUGAGGCGGACGGGUUCGGCAACUCGGGAGCGGUAGGAGUACCUAGCCUGCUCUGGCAUCUCCAAGUCGCUGGUUGCGCUCCAAACGUUCCGCCGGAGUUUUGGGACUGGGCUUAUAAUGUGAUGCAAGUGGUUUGGGGACAGACGGGAAUGCUUCAUGCCAAGUCAUUGUCAGAAAUUAUGGAAGAGCAUCGGUCCAAAUUAGGUAGAGGGCCGACCGGGCUCGUACUAAAGUUGGAAGAGGAGCACGGCCACAUGCGGAUAUAUUGAGCGAUCUAGAUGUCCGUUAUCCGUUAUGGGUGAUAUUAUCUGGAGUCUGGACAGGCGUUCAUGGUACAUAGGUGUGGCUGAGCGACGAGAAGUGCUUUAACUGAUCGGUUCUACUGGGCAUAUCUGGGAUAGGGAAUACAGGCGAAUGGCAUUAUAUAGAAAUACCCAGGAACAAUUGUCAUCAGCGCAAGACGAUUCAUGUAUGUAAAGUUCAAGGAGCUUGAUGGAAGUACGAAGUACAUAAUGGAGGUAAUGAAAAUGUGGGCCCGUGCAUAAAGAACCCUUUUUGCGGCAAUACUACGGGCUAGCGCUUCAGCACUAAUGGGCGAUAAGAUCUUAUCAAAGCACCUUUCAAAGUGGAACCACGAGGCUUUAGCUCCAGUGUCAACGCCUCUUCAAUCAUUCAACAACUGCAAUCUAAACCUUGGAACCAUCUAAAAGUCGCUA